AUGGGUUUGAAAGAUGUCGGUUUCAUUGGCCUAGGUGCCAUGGGAGGCGGUGUUGCCAUCAACCUUGCAAGAGAGGGAUACAAUGUCAAGGGUUUUGAUUUGGCACAACCGCUAGUCGAUGCCCUGGUCAAGGAAGGCGGUAAGGCAGCAAAGACACAGCAAGAGACGGCCACAGAUGUCGACUACCUCUGCAUUAUGGUCGCCAACCACUUCCAAACUAGCUCGGCCCUCUUCGACGGCGACAACCCGGCCAUCAAGGGUCUUGGUCAAAACAAGACUGUUAUCCUGUUGUCAACGACCCCUCCCUCUUACCUUCACGAGCUGAGGCAAAAGCUAGACGACGCUGGUAGAUCAGAUGUCAAGCUUCUCGAUUGCCCAGUAUCCGGAGGCACUAUCCGCGCUGCAAAUGGCACUCUCAGUAUCUUCGCAGCUGGCAAAGAAGAAGAAGUGGAAGCAUCAAAGGACAUCUUGAACACCAUGUCUGGCAACCUCUACCGCAUCCAAGGCGGCAUCAGCAGCGGCACAAAGGUCAAGACCAUCCACCAGCUGCUCGCCGCCACAAACAUCAUCCUCUCAUCAGAAGCCAUGGGCCUCGCCGCCACUGUCGGCCUCAACACCCAAAAAGUGUAUGAGCACGUCAAGGCCAACGACGGCACAUCCUUCAUGUUCGAGAACCGCGCACCUCACAUGCUUGCAGACGACUGGUCGCCUCUGUCAGCACUAGGCAUCAUUCUCAAGGACGCAGGCAUCGUCACUGCCACAGCUCGCUCAGGAUACUUCCCUACUCCCCUCGCCGACUGUGCCGAGCAAUGCUAUCUCCAAGGUCUACAAGCCGGUCUUCUCAAAGACGACGACGCAAAGCUGGUUACCAUGUACAUUCCCUCCGGCUCGCCCUCGCUGGUCAAGGAGAACGCGGCCGCAGACGUCAAGAUGCACUCGAACCACCAAGUCAGCGCCGACACGGUCAACGACCUGCUGGCCGGCGUACACCUCGCUGCCAGUGUAGAGGCAAUGGCUUUCUGCAAGCAUCUGGGCAUGGACCGCAAGCUCAUGUGUGAGAUCAUCUCCAAGGCUGCCGGUUGGUGUGACAUGUACACCAAGCACAUCCCUGCCAUGUUGGAGAAGGACGACUGGAGUUUGGCGUCGUGCGCUGCCUCUGAGGAUGUGAGGAAGAGAUUGGAGACUGCUGUUGAGAAGGCGAGAGCGCUUAGAUAUCCCGUUCCCAUGGCUUCGGCUGCUCUGCAGCAGUUCUACUUUGCCGGACUCAGGGGUUAG